AAAUUAACAUUUAAUCAUAACAACAACACCAAGGAGGCAAAAGAAUGUCUUAGUACAAUUUCCUUCUCUAUUUUACUGACAAUACAAGUUACAUUAGUGGACGUGAGUAGGAUAUCAAAAUUGACAUCCUGUUUCGUCUCCACAGUGGAUGACGGACGUCAAGCAAUCUCUAGUGGCUGUAAGAACUAAGAAGUGCUUUGAUCUUCCAUCGCCACCAACCCAACAACACAACAGCCCCACCCCUCAUCUCUUCCAUCAUCUUUCUUUCGCCUCUUAAUUUCUCACUUCUUUCCCUUCUUCAUCUCUACGAGAGAGAGAUAUAUCAAAUUGUUAGACUCACUUCUCUCCACAUGUUACAAUUAUCUUCUUCCACAAAACAGCCACCCAUCAACGAUGGAGAUUGAAAGCGAUGAGGAACAAAUUCAUAAAAUUCAAAAUCUUUGGUGGGAUACCAAAACCGUGUUCUGAAUUGUAUCCACAGUUUAGUAUUCGGUAGAUUAAUACCAAAAAACUUGGGAGGAAACCCAAUUCACAUUUAGGCCUAAUUAGCGAAUCUAAUUAGUGGGUAAUGUUGCUAAUAAUAUCUCUGUCAUUGUCAAAUAAAGCUAUGAUUUUCACGAGGAGUAAUUUUUAGUCUAAUAUUGGUUGAGAAGGAAUAGUAGAGAUUUUGAUUAGAAAUCACCUUUUAAUGAACCUAAUCUUCCAAGAGGGCUGUGCUACGUACCUUCCCUUCGUCGGUUUCUAUUUCUCUGUUUUUGCUUAAUUACCAAUCCAUAUUAUUCCUUUCCUUAUUUACUAAUACAUAUAAUUGAGACCUGUAUCUGAAGUUUGUAAUCUGAAGUUUGAACGGUACAUUUAUUAUAAAUACAAUUCUUAAAUUACU